AACUCAGAAGUCAGUCUCCGUCUGCCGGUGUACUUUGUCGCACAUAUUUGCGAGCUCCCUUGACUUGCUAUUUAGGCGACGUGUACAUCGCUCCUUCCAACCCGUUAUCAGCUGCAUUGAACUACUGCGGUUUCCCCAACACUAUUCGCGACUAUUCGAGGCCUACUAUUCCAAUUCAGAAAGUGAAGUUUGAUAUUAUUUUGUGUUCAUUCCGAAGAUACCAUAAUUAACUGUCGAAAAUGGCUCGUUCGUUGAUGCGGUUCGGCAAAUAUCUCGGUCAAAAUUACAGUGCCGUCGCUGCGCCUUCACUCUCAGUGACAUCCGUCCGCAACAGGUCCACCAAUGCCCGAAUCCAAGUCUCGAAACCUGUGGUAGAGAUGGACGGUGAUGAGAUGACUCGAAUCAUCUGGCAAUUCAUCAAGGAGAAGUUGAUCUACCCUUAUGUCGAUGUUGACUGCCUGUACUACGAUCUGGGGCUGCCGUACCGCGAUCAAACCAACGACCAGGUAACCAUUGAUGCAGCGCAAGCUAUCCUGAAGCAUAAUGUGGGCAUCAAGUGCGCUACCAUCACUCCGGACGAAGCUCGGGUGGAGGAGUUCAAGCUGAAGAAGAUGUGGCUUAGCCCUAAUGGAACCAUCCGUAACAUUCUAGGCGGUACGGUGUUCCGUGAGCCCAUUCUUUGCAGCAACAUUCCACGCCUGGUGCCGGGUUGGACGAGACCAAUCGUAAUUGGUCGUCACGCACACGGUGAUCAGUAUAAAGCUCAGGACUUCGUAGUGCCGAAAGCUGGUACUGUGAAGCUCGUGUACACUGCCAAUGAUGGAACUAUUCAGGAGUACGAACUGUACAAAUACAAAGAUGGUGGUGUCGCCAUGGGGAUGUACAAUACCGACGAGUCGAUCGCAUCGUUUGCUCACUCGUCGUUCCAGAUUGCUCUCGGCAAAAAGUGGCCACUAUAUCUGUCAACCAAGAAUACCAUCCUGAAGCGAUAUGAUGGUCGCUUCAAGGACAUCUUCCAGGAAAUCUAUGAAAAGAACUAUAAGAAGCAAUUUGAGGAUGCCAAAAUCUGGUAUGAGCAUCGUCUGAUUGAUGACAUGGUUGCUCAGGCGUUGAAAUCCGAUGGUGGCUUCGUGUGGUCGUGCAAAAACUACGAUGGAGAUGUACAGUCUGACAUUGUUGCUCAAGGAUACGGUUCACUGGGUCUGAUGACAUCUGUACUGAUAUGCCCCGAUGGAAAGACCAUUGAAUCGGAAGCUGCCCACGGAACGGUUACACGACAUUAUAGGGAACACCAAAAGGGCCGUCCAACGUCGACCAACCCGGUUGCGUCGAUCUUUGCGUGGACCCGUGGCCUUGAGCAUCGUGGCAAGUUGGACAACAACCCAGACCUGGGACGGUUCGCUACGGCAUUGGAAAAGGCCUGCGUCGAUUGCAUAGAGUCCGGCAAGAUGACUAAAGAUUUGGCCAUCUGUAUUCACGGAGCGAAGAACACAAAGGAAGGCAUGUACUUGAAUACGCAAGACUUUUUGGAGGCGAUCUCGGAGCAACUAGAGCGUUCGUGGAAAAAGUAAGAUAUAUAUGUGUGAGUGCCAUUUAUUUACAUAAGUGCGGAGUCAUUUACGUUAGUCUUUAAGAACCGGUGAUACAAUAAAAUUUAAAAAAA